AUGGCCACGGUCAGAAUAUGCGUCUGCGGUGACGAGGGCUGUGGUAAGUCCAGUCUUAUCACGUCUUUGGUGAAAGAUACCUUCGUCAGCAGCAGGAUCCAAGCAGUCCUUCCCCAGAUCACCAUUCCGCCGACCUUAGGGACCCCGGAAAAUGUGACGACCACCAUCGUGGAUACCUCUGCCCUCCCACAAGACCGUGCGAAUCUAGCCCGGGAAUUGAGAAAAUGCAAUGUGAUUCUCUUGGUCUAUUCCGACCACUACAGCUAUGAAAGAGUUGCCUUGUUUUGGUUGCCAUACUUCCGUUCCCUCGGCGUCAAUCUGCCUGUCAUAUUAUGUGCCAAUAAAUCCGAUCUGGUAACCAGCAGUACCCCGGCUCAGAUCAUGGAAGAAGAGAUGUUACCGGUCAUGUCAGAGUUCAAGGAGAUCGAUUCUUGUAUUCGCACCAGUGCUCGCAAUCAUUACAAUGUCAAUGAAGCCUUUUUCCUCUGUCAGAAGGCUGUUACCCAUCCAAUCGCACCCUUGUUUGAUGCCAAAGAGUCCGCCCUCAAACCCGCGGCUGUAGCUGCUUUGCUGCGCAUAUUCUAUCUGAGCGACAAGGACAAGGAUGGCCUGUUGAGUGACAAGGAGAUGGAGGAGUUUCAGAUCAAGUGCUUUGACAAAGGGCUGAGUCCAGUGGAUUUGCAGCAUAUCAAAGAGACCAUUCAGAGCCAGAUACCUGGGGCAGCUUCGGACCGCGGCAUUACUGCGCAAGGCUUCCUUCUGCUGAACAAGCUCUACGCUGAGAAGGGUCGCCAUGAGACGAUAUGGGUCAUUCUCCGCACAUUCCAAUACACAGACAGCUUGUCCCUACAGGAAUCAUUCCUCCACCCGAGGUUCGAAGUCCCAGAAUAUGCAUCGGCUGAACUCUCUCCUGCCGGCUAUCGGUUUCUUGUUGACCUCUUCCUGACGUCUGAUCGCGAUAAUGACGGCGGUCUAAAGGACGAGGAACUCGCCUCUCUCUUUGCCCCGACACCCGGAAUCCCCCAGCUUUGGAUCGACAACAAUUUCCCUUCCUGCACUGUCCGAAACGACGCCGGGCAUGUCACACUGCAAGGCUGGCUGGCCCAGUGGUCGAUGACAACCUUCACGUCGCCCAAGACUACUCUAGAAUAUCUGGCGUAUCUGGGGUUUGAAUCUCCCGACCGGUCAGAUCCCGGCACCACCGCCGCCCUCAAGUUGACGAAACCGCGCAAACGCCGGCGACGGCCAGGACGUGUUGGUCGGAAUGUCAUUCUUGCUCACGUCCUCGGCGCUCCACAUUCAGGCAAGUCAGCUUUGCUCGAUGCGUUUCUGGCCCGUCCUUUCAACAAUUUAUAUCUGCCGACAAUCCAACCUCGAGUGGCUGUCAAUACCGUGGAACUGCCCGGGGGCAGGCAGUGCUACUUGAUAUUGAAAGAAUUAGGCGAGUCGGAGGCUGCGGUACUGGAGAACAAGAGCAAACUGCUGGAUCAAUGCGACGUCAUCGUCUAUACCUACGACUCGUCGGACCCAGACUCCUUCGCGUACAUCCCCAAUAUUCGAAAGACUUAUCCACAUCUCGAAGAUUUACCUGCGUUGUACGUUGGUCUGAAGGCGGAUCUCGACCGGACCACACAAAGGGCAGAGCAUCAACCUGACGAAUAUGUUGCCCACAUCCAACGGAUGCCCCAGGGGCCCCCUAUUUCCACGAGCGUAACCUGGCCUUCAAUCCAGGAGCUUUUUGUGGCUAUCUCAGAAGCAGGACUGGAGCCCGUCACAGCAUAUCCCCGACCGCUUGAAGCAGACGACAACGGACAGCUCAUGCGAUAUGGCCUGGUGUUAGGCGCGGUAGUCUGCGCUGCCGCCGCAGCUGUGGUCAUAUGGAAAAGGUCAGCCACUCCAGCUGGAUGA